AUGAUGAGUGGAUCAUCCCCAUCUGCAAUCCCGCCGUCAUUCCUGCGGCCAUGGAAGGAUUCGCUCGCGUCGCACGGCGAUGAACAGCGCGGAGACUUUCCGAAUUACCAUGUCCGCGAUGCCGACUGCCUCCUCACUUCGGCGAGCCCGCGAUCUAUCCGUGCCGGCUCCGGCUUGAGCAUCUUCACCGACGCCCUCCUCCCAGCGAUAUCGACGGCCCGGAGCGAAAUCAUACUAGUCACCUGCUUCUGGGCCGAGUCCCCCACCCUCUCUGCGCUCAAGCGAACCCUCGAGGCUCUUGCGGAGCAGAGGAGGAUAGCCCGAAGUUACCGAGAUGUCCCCAGGGCGAGCGAAGACGUCGGCGAUGAGAGCGAUCCGUCCCCUCUGCUGAGAAUACGGAUAUGCUUCUCAUCGCGCUCCUUAUUCCAGAAGCUAUUUCACACCCCGAGUCGACGAGGCUACACGUAUCCUGCCCGGGCCUGGCCCUCCCUCGGCCUGCCGAGCGAAAGAAUUCUAAAGGAGGCGGGUAUCGAGCUGACGGUGAAGAGCCUCUUCUUCCUCCCCUUCAGCGUCACGCAUCCCAAGUUCCUCAUAAUCGACCGCACACGCGCGUUCAUGCCGAGUUGCAACGUGAGCUGGGAGACGUGGUUCGAGACCUGUGUUGAGUUUGAGGGCCCCGCCGUCUACUCUCUCCUCGAAUUCUACAAUCACGUCUGGGAGUACGGAAGUGAGCCAGCCGCGCUGGAUGAUAUCAAGAGACCCUUGUCGCCUUUUACUCUUGCUGCCGGAGGCCGAGUGAAUGGCGAGCAGCUGCAGCUGCCCAAAGCACCGAGCAGUCUCCAGUUCCGCGGGAACCCUUCUCGCAGCCUAUUCCCACUCUCCGCCCCCGACGACCCCCUCAAUGCAGCCGUCCUUACUCUUAUCGAGAAUGCGCGUUCUCAAAUUGAAAUCACUACACCUAACCUCACCUGUGCCGCCGUCAUUUCACAUCUCUUAUCCGCCCUCUCGAGAGGUGUGCAAGUCACGAUUAGGACAAGCAAGAACAUGAUGCUUAUCGAGCAGCUCGUUACCGCCGGGACCACCACCUCGCUCUCCCUCCGGUCCUUCGUCAAGCAAUACCAGAGGCUUGUCGACGCCCAUGCCGCAGCCUCUGACACCGAGGGCCGCGACCUCGAGACCGGGGUCAAUCAACUCCCGCGACCUGGCGCCCUCAGGAUCUUCUACUACAAGCCUGAUGCUGGCGCCAUUUCUGCCCUUGACGAGAACGAGCCCGUCGUCUCUCACAUCAAGCUUGUGCGCGUGGACAACGAGUUUGUCGUCCUCGGCUCCGGAAACAUGGACCGCGCCAGUUGGUACACGAGCCAGGAGCUAGGCAUCCUCUUCUACGCUCCCCACAUGGAUACCGAGGUGUGGGAUACGCCGUUUAGCACGCGGCUCGAGCCCAUGUUCCCGGCUGCUUGA